CCAGGUUGAACCUCUCGCUGUAUGGGGACGCGGUGAAGUGAUGUCCAUACCCAUAUGUCUUGAGGCGGGCAAACGACAACUACCCUUUCGUGCGGACUCAACCGCCUGCUUGAUUGCUGGCUGAAGCAAGCGCGGCCGGUACUAAUAUUGCAGGGUAGAGAUGGAUCCCGCCCUGCAAUCGGGAUCUCUGGAGGACCAAGUCCGAAGGAUGAUUCUCAGCCAUGAUCCUACGCCCCAGAGCCCUACAGGCCAAACAACUCUGCGCGGAGGUCAGCAACAAGGCGUCCCCUCGCCAAACCCUAGGCCAUCAGGUCAAGCUCCAACUCAUCCUCGAUAUCCACACCCAGGCCAGCGUAACCGUCGGAACUUUGGUCGCAAUGGCGCUCAAAUACCUCCCAACCCACAGCAGGCUCCACAGUCCAUGCCACCGAGGAUUCUACCGCGACCACAGCAGCUUAGCAAUACUGACACACGUUCCCCAGCUUCGUCUCCGCGAACGGCUCAAUUUACGAGACAAAAUGGUUUGCAGGCCAUGUAUCAGCGGCGUCCAGAGCAAAUCCCAGAGAAUCCGCUCGCCCAGAUCCAGUUUUUAGACUACGUAGCGUCGCAGGAAGUGCCCCGUGUUGAGAUCAGCAUUGCCGAACUGGAAGAGAAGGAAAGUUUCAGGAUUCUCCUUGAGCGCAUUCUCAGAGACGCCAUCUCUAAAAGCGAGGCCUGCAGUGAUCUAGAGACCAUAGAUCUGGUUGGAUUCGGGAGUCUAGCGUCCGGUUUCGCUACACCCGGCUCCGAUAUGGAUCUCGCCGUCGUACCCAUAUGGAGGGAAGGAAUAGUAGGAGAACAUGCCAGCCUACCGAAAGAUGUCCCGAGACUGUUGGAGAAGGCAAUCCUGGAUUCUAGGAUGGGCGGACGACUUCUCAGCAAGACCAGGGUACCCAUCUUGAAGGUGUGUCAAAUCCCUUCAGAGGAACUGUUCACCGCACUGUAUGAGGAACGUAAGAAGUGGGAUGAGCUGCCGGAAGAAAAGAAGUAUCCGCAGCCUGCUCCACCGAAGCCGGCAGCUCUCGUAGACCUUGACGACGGCAAAUCUCCAGAAACCAUGGACCAGCGGGAUCCAUCUGAGAUCUUCGCGGCCAUGGACAUCAAUGACCUUCUUCCAAAAUCAGCAGACCGUAGCAGAUCCCCAUCUCCGAAGCAGUCCGUCCCUGAAGAGCCGGCAUCACAGCCUGAAAAUGGCUCCACCAACGCAAAACCCACCAAGGGUAAUAAUAAUCCGCACAAACCGCGCGACAGAGGCAGGUUCUGGGUGCGUGAGAAACCCGCAGGUCCCCUCGACUUCCCCAAAACCGGCAUCGGCAUCCAAUGCGACAUCAACUUCUCCAACAGCCUUGGGCUACACAACACGCACCUCCUGCGCUGUUACUCGCUCACCGACCCACGCGUCCGUCCCAUGGUCCUGUUCGUCAAAUCCUGGGCUAAGCGCCGCAAGAUAAACAACAGCUACAGCGGCACCCUCUCCAGCUACGGCUGGGUCCUCAUGGUCCUUCACUACCUGGUCAACAUCGCGCAACCCCCGGUAUGCCCCAAUCUGCAGCUCUCAUGGCGACCCGGACCUACCUCUGCCGAUUCAUUAGGUCAAAUGCUAGCAGGAACCACCGUCGACGGCUACACGGUCCGGUUCUGGCGCAAUGAGCAGGAAAUCCUAGAAGCGGCGCGUCAGGGUCGUCUGACAAGAAAUACGCAAUCCCUCGGUGCUCUCCUACGAGGCUUCUUCCAAUAUUUUGCAGCGCUCCCCGCCUACAACCCCGGAUACAUUUCCGGCCCGCGAGCCCCUUCGUUCUACUGGACCACCGAAGUGCUUUCCCUCCGCACCCCAGGGGGGAUCCUCACGAAGCAGGAGAAAGGCUGGACGGGCGCGAAGACGACGACGGUGGAGGGCAAGGAAGUGCGCUCGAGGUAUCUGUUUGCGAUCGAAGAUCCCUUCGAGCUCGAUCACAAUGUCGCGAGGACGGUGACGCAUAAUGGGAUCGUGGCGAUUCGAGACGAGUUUCGCCGGGCGUGGAGGAUUCUGGUGGACGUGGGAAGGGGGCUUGCACCCGCUGAGGGGGGACUGUUUGAUGAGGUUGUGCAACCGGUCAAGGCGUCUGAGAAGGAGAAGGAGGUAGAAAAGGGCGUGGGCGUUGCGGAGGCGCAGGGUUUGGUGAUGGAUGAACAGGCGUUUCCACCGUUGCCAGGUGUGAAGAACGUUCCUGGCGAGAAGUAAGACGGAAGUGAGCACAGAACAGGCCUCGUAAGUUUCACCGGGGACGAUUCUAAAGACACUGGGAGACUGAGGGCAUGAGGAUCGGCGUCAUGGGAAUCUUCAGAAGGUGGCGGUGUCCUGGGUAACUUGGCUACGACUCUUUCUCACUCUUUGGCGCCUUCCUUCCAAUAUGCAUUCUAUUGGGACCAGGCGUUGGGAGAGGAAGGGUUGAGGAUUUUUCGGGGCGGUUCUGGGCAUGCAUAUGGGGGGUCACUCGGAAUGAUAUCACGCACGGCACGGCUGGAUUGACGGAAAGUACUACAUAAUGGAAUUGGAGACGCGUCUGAGCGUUCUCUACGAAUCGUUCAUCACAUGGCG